AUGCCUACAUAUGCCGUCCUCGGCGCCACAGGCAACACAGGGAGCGCGCUCAUCCAAAACCUCCUCCGCAACCCCUCCAACCGGAUCAACGCCUACUGCCGCAACAAGGCCAAACUGCACCGUCUCCUCCCAGAGACCAUCGACAACAAAAGCGUCUCCAUCUACGAAGGCUCCAUCAGCGACCUGGCACUCAUCCACGCCUGCGUGCACCGCACCCGCGCAGUCUUCCUCACCGUCACAUCAAACGACAACAUCCCCGGCUGCCGACUAUCCCAGGACUCGACGCAGACAGUCCUCGAUGCGCUGCAGCAGAUCCGCACGGAAGAGGGUCCCGAUGUUGUUAAACUGCCGAAACUGGUCCUCCUCUCUUCAGCAACGAUAGACCCGCACCUGUCCCGCAAAAUGCCGAGCUGGUUCUUGCCGAUCAUGAAGACCGCGGCGUCGUAUGUCUACGCGGACUUGAUCGAGGCGGAGCGCAUGAUGCGUGCGAAUGACUGGGUGGAUAGUAUCUUUAUCAAGCCGGCGGGAUUGUCUGUGGAUAUCCAGCGCGGGCAUAGACUGGACUUUGAUGAGCAGGAGUCGUUUAUCAGUUACUUGGAUCUGGCGGCGGCGAUGCUGGAGGCUGCGGAGGACGAGACGGGGGUUUAUCUGGGGAGGAAUGUGGGCGUUGUGAAUACGAAUGGCAUUAUUAGAAUGUCCUCCCAGAUCAAAAUCUCGCCUACCACCCUGGGCCAAAACAACUACAGCCCGACUCCCCCCUCCCAGUCCGCCCUCGACCUCACCAACCGCCUCCUCCAGUCCAACCACGACAGCCUGCACAUCUUCUUCCGCAACCUCAACGGCCACAACCACCUCGUCCACAACCUCCUGACUCGCCUCGUCCUCGGCGCAUCCCCCUCCCAGCUCCAAACCGCCUACGAUGACGACCUCCCCACCCAACGCCCCAUGCCCCCACUCAACGAGAACACCGUCUCCCUCCUCUCGGACAAAACUUACUUCAAAUCCCAAAUCACAAACAUCGACCAGUACACCAACUUCCUCCGCUUCUUUGAGAGGGAGAUUGAUGCCCGCGGGUGGAAGGAUGUCGUGAGUGAGUAUGUGUUUUCGCGGGAUGAAGUUGCCGAAGCCUUGCUCCCGCUGAUGUAUGAUGGUGCUUACCACUCCAUUAUUCACCUUGGGCUGGGUGUUGAGUUUGAGCAGCCGGGCGUUAUUGCUGAGGCGUUGGCUCAGGCGGCGGCGCAUGAUUCGUUUGAUACGGAUUAUUUCUUUCGUUCUGCUGAGGCGGCUGCUGCUGCAGCUGCAAAAAAGGUAGGUAAAAAGGGAGGGGAAUCGCUUGUUAAGCUGCUCGAUGAGAUCCGGGCAACGCCGAACCUAGUUGCCGCCGGCCGGGUUCAAGGCCUUAUCGGGACGAUGAAGAUGAAAAAAGCUGUUCUCGUGCAAGCAGGCGACCAGAUUAUUGACAUUGCGUCGCGGUUUCGGGUGAGCGAGGAGGAUCUGGAGAGGAAGACGGCGGAGGUGGUGAACCUGUGUGCGUAUAUGGCUGGGGCGGCGGCGAAGAGGGAGGGGUGUCAGGAGAAGAUUGAUUUCUUCUUCAUGCACUGCGUGACCAGCAGUAUCUUCUUCUCGGUGCUUGCCAGGCAGGACUGGAUUAGUGUGAAGGAUAGGGUGCGGCUGGUGGAGUGGAAGGGCAGGCUGGAUCUGAUGUGGUAUGCGGUCUGCGGGGUGCCGGGACUGGAUGUUGAUGCUGUGAAGGAGUACCGGGGGCAGAAGACGGGGGAUAUAACCUGGGAGGAACUGUUUGAGCUGGUCAAUGAGCAGCAUGACGAUGGGCAUGUGGCCAAGUUUGUGCGGGCGUUGAAGAACGGGGAGGAGGCGUGCAGGCCGUUUGAGGAGGACUUUAUGAUCAAAGGGGAUAUGUGGCUGCGGAUUGGAAGAAUGGCAUACGAGACGACGAUUGAUACGACGAUGCAGACCAGAUGGGUUGUGAUGGCGGGGAUGGACACUGCCUGGACUGGGUUCAAGAGACAGAAUAUUUAA